AUGGGUACCUACAUGCACUGCCGGCCGUUCUGCGGCACCUAUAAUUCAACUUCUUCGUCUUCAUUUCUUUCUGUUCGUCUCGGUUCUAUUACAAAUGCAACUAACCAAAUUAACACUUCUUUAUCUUAUUAUCAUUAUGAUCAAAGACCACCAGCAGCAGUAGCAAGGCGUCGUCGUCGAUUAGAGGAUCCAAUAGCUACUUUUGCUUCAAACUAUUAUAUUACGUAUCCUCGUCAGAUGUCCAAGUCACCAUCACGACGAUCUACAUUACUUUCAUCAAAACCUUCAUCAUUAUCACCAUCUCGUCAAAAAAGUAAGCAAUCAAAUCGUAAGAAUAUUUAUUGUGAUCUUUUUAAUUUACUCGAACGUCCUUCUUCACCAACAUCAUCACUAAUUAAACAAAGAAAAAAACACAAAUCUAAUGAUCACAAUUCGUGUCGUUACCAUCGUUCCAUAGAUUUGAACAAUUCUCAUACAAAAGUGAAAUCUACUAAUGAUAGAAAACGGCAUCAUCAAAGAUAUACCUAUUAUAAAGAAAAAAAAUGUCAAGACGAUAAAUUAUCACCCAUAGAACAACAUGAUCGAUCAUUAGAAAAAACAAAAAAAAUUAAUCAUACGUACCAACCACGUUUAUCAAACAGAGGAUUCUUUCGACGAUUAGUGUGCAAUUAUUUUUGCUUCACUUCGCCAGUUGCUAAUAAUGGAUAUUCUAGCUAG